CUUUCACCUGCAUCAUGCCAGCCUUCCUUCAUGUUUCACCAUGUGCCUUCAACCUCCCUCCCACCACGUGGCUUUCGUCCAAGCGGAGGCGCUUGAGAGAGGCGUGCUUGGAGAGCAGGAGCGCAGUCGCACACCGUCCACCGCCCGAUGCGCAACACAGACCGGCCACGUCUGGGAAUCUUUUGCAGACGAAAAAUACUUCACCCCACCUAGAUUGACCCUCGCUCCUCUUUUUCUCUACGUUUUGCUAAGGCAACAUCAUUGAGAGAGCCCAAAGGAGCGUUGCCACUGUUGUAUCUGGGAGUCUACUUGGGCGGAGGGCCGUGCGGCUGCAUUUCAGAGUGAAAGUUCCUCAUUUGGGCCUCUGGAGAUUCUGCGCGAAUCGGCAGCGACAUGACAGCCGAGAAGAGCGGGCCGGUUAUAAACGGUAAACCGGAGGACGGCAGGGACACGGAUGGAUCCAGUUCCAGCCUGGACAACAGGGAGUACUACGAGAGAGGCCAGUGGAACAACAAGAUCGAGUUUGUCCUCUCUGUGGCCGGAGAAAUUAUCGGGCUGGGCAACGUCUGGAGGUUUCCCUACCUCUGCUACAAGAAUGGAGGAGGUGCCUUCUUUGUUCCAUACGUCAUUUUCUUCGUAUGCUGCGGUAUCCCUGUGUUUUUCCUGGAGACCGCCCUUGGUCAGUUCACUAGUGAAGGAGGCAUCACAUGCUGGAGGAAAGUCUGCCCCCUGUUUGAGGGCAUUGGCUAUGCAACCCAGGUGAUUGAAGCUCAUCUAAACGUCUACUAUGUAGUCAUCCUCGCCUGGGCCAUCUUUUACCUCUUUAACUGCUUCACCACUGAGCUGCCGUGGGCUGGCUGUGGCCACUACUGGAAUACUGAGAACUGUGUCGACUACUAUGGAGAAAAUGCCACCAACAUUACUAACCCCAACGCAACCUCUCCUGUUAUUGAAUUCUGGGAACGGAGAGUCCUGAAGAUAUCUGAUGGCAUUGAGCACAUGGGGGGCAUGCGCUGGGAGCUGGCCAUGUGCCUGGCACUGGCCUGGUUUAUCUGCUACUUCUGCAUCUGGAAGGGACCCAAGUCGACCGGCAAGGUUGUGUAUGUGACGGCCACAUUUCCUUACUUCAUGUUGCUGAUUUUGCUGAUCAGAGGAGUAACGCUGCCCGGAGCGUACGACGGCAUCAAGUUUUACCUCUACCCAGACAUCUCCCGUCUCUCCGAUCCUCAGGUAUGGGUGGAUGCAGGAACGCAGAUUUUCUUCUCCUACGCCAUCUGCCUGGGCUGCCUUACUGCUCUUGGUAGUUAUAACGCUUACAACAACAACUGCUACAGGGACUGCAUCAUGCUGUGCUGCCUGAACAGCGGCACGAGCUUUGUUGCAGGUUUUGCUAUUUUCUCCGUGUUGGGAUUCAUGGCCUACGAACAGAAUGUUCCCAUCGAGGCCGUGGCAGAAUCUGGUCCUGGUCUUGCCUUCAUUGCAUACCCAAAAGCUGUGACCAUGAUGCCUCUUUCUCCACUUUGGGCCUGUCUCUUCUUUAUGAUGCUCAUCUUUCUUGGACUUGACAGUCAGUUUGUGUGCGUGGAAAGCCUGGUGACGGCUGUGGUGGAUAUGUACCCAGAGACGUUCAGGAGAGGCUACCGCAGGGAACUGCUGAUUCUCGGCAUGUCUAUAGCUUCCUUUCUCAUAGGACUCAUCAUGUGUACAGAGGGAGGGAUGUACGUCUUCCAGCUGUUUGACUCGUAUGCAGCCAGUGGCAUGUGCUUGCUGUUUGUGGCCAUCUUUGAGUCCAUAUGUAUCGGAUGGGUGUAUGGCAGCGACAGAUUCUACCGAAACAUCGAGGACAUGAUUGGCUACAAGCCCGUCUUCUUCAUCAAAUGGUGCUGGAUGAUCUUGACCCCGGGCAUCUGUGCUGGUAUUUUCCUGUUCUUUUUGAUCAAAUACAAACCGCUCAAGUACAACAACGUGUACACCUACCCCGACUGGGGCUACGGCAUUGGCUGGUUCAUGGCCAUGUCCUCCAUGGUUUGUAUCCCACUGGGCAUCAUCUGGAUGAUCUGGAAGACUCCCGGGACCUUCUCUGAGAGAAUGAAGAAGUUGACGACGCCGAGCCCGGACCUGAAAAUGCGAGGGAAGCUCGCCGCUCUCAGUCCGUACGCCGCCAACGACGCCAUGCUUAAGGCUGACGGCAAAAUAUCCACCGUCUCAGAGAAGGAGACACAUUUCUAACUGACUUGCCUGCCUCAAUUAACCCCAACCCUUACGGGAAAAAAAAAACAAACAAAAAAACGACAGCAAACAUCACCUGCUAUUCCAGAAACAUGAAACAAUUCAAAGGCUUAUUUUGUAAAAAAAAAAAAGCAAAGAAAAAAUGAGGAAAAUGGAUCACCACAUAUUUAGUCUGCUUUUGUUUUGCACACACUUUGAUAACACAUUUGUUGGGUUCUUUUAACCUCGUCACUAAAGCAGAUGCCUUGCUAACCAUUUAAUAGUUAAAAGUUGAUUUUGAUGACGUAUGUUUAUAUUGCCAAUCGCUGGCCACAUUAGUGUCUGUGCCUUGAGAACAAUACCGUUGUGUUUGUCAAAGGCUACCAGUGUACACGUCUUUGUAAAACAACAGUGCCUCAUAUUCGGUACGAGGGGCCCAAAUGUCUCAAAUGUAGCAGCUCUGGGUCCAUGUGUUGCGCAAUAGAGGAUACUGUCUUAGUACUUAAAGACGAUAGGAGGGCACUGAGAGCAGUAAAACAUGACAUAUUUAAACAUGCCCCUAUAAAAUGCUAAAAUCCUGUUUUAAAUUUCUAAUUUCCCGUCAAAACAUUUCAAAUAAGGCACAACAACCAAAAUGCGCUAAAAAUACACAAAUGCAUUUUUGCGUUCACAAUGUAGAAUUUGUGCUUGUAUUCAAAACACGCAUGAUUACAUACAUGAAAUGAUCUUAGAUGAGCAAAUUAAGGCAUGGAUCAUUGAUGAGAUAAGAUGUAAAGUGAAACGUCACCCUACUAAGAUGCUACAUUUGAUUCUAGAGCAUCAGUUCAUAUAGUAAUAAAAUGAUACAAUAAAAUAAAAAUAUGCCGAAAAGAUUUAUUUUCUGAUAAAUGGUUCAGUUUAAAUAUGCUAAUAAUUGUCUCAAUGUAUAAAGGUUUUGACUGGUUAUUAAACUAACAGACCUUUACAGUUGACGGAUUGCACUAAAUUUGUCGUUGCUACGUAGCAACAAUAGCAAGAGACAAACAAAAUCACAUUAUUGGAUUUAUGUAACUGAAAGAAGUGAUGAGGAUAUUGAUCGUGGCAUUGGGCUAUAUUGGUUCCUCAGGGGCUCAUGUGAUUUUCCCCGUCUCUGUUGGGCGAGCUUCACAGUUACACUGAAAGGUGAAUCAAAAUAGGUUUAAAGCCUCGGAAAAUCUUCACAUAGCUGUGAGCGACCGGCAGGCCGAGUCUUAAGAAGAAGAAGAAGAAAAAAAGAACAAAACACCUCUCUCUCGCUCUCUUCCGUCCUUUACGUCUGCAUGUGUUACAUUUCACGGUAAUUAUGCCUAGCCUUUGACACAGAGUGACUGAUAGAUAGACAGAUUUUUACCCCUGCACUCUCAUUCCCUUGAGACGAGGACACGUCACACAUUAUAUUAACAUUCCGAGACUCGUCCUCGGCCUCUUUCACACAGUUACCCAUGCAAAUAUAGCCACAUCACAGCCGUAACAGAAGAUUAAGCCACCCUUUCCUUUUACACGGAACCCAGCAAAGGUGGGAUAUUGACGCAUCUUUCACACAGUGACUCGGUGCCCCGCAAUCACCAAAUUGGAUGAGUGGCGACGUUGGCAUCAGAGCCUGUUGCGACGUAUGAGAUACUUGUCGGACAGUCACUCAAUAAGACAACUUUGCUUUUGACACAAAACCCAGAGAAGGAAGGAGGAAUAUUGCCGCAGCUUUUAUGCAGCGAAACAGAAUCCCAUAAGCAAAUAAUGACAUGCAAAGUAGUUGUCGGAUAGUCCAGCGAUAAGACAACUUUGAUAAUUAGAUGACAUUGGGUGUGAUAUAAAAAAAUACUUGUUGGACAGAUAAGACUACUUUGCGUUUUAUACAGAACCCAGCAAACGCAGGAAAUUGCAGCACCUUUCCAGCCCAACGUGGCCUCUGGCAAGCAAAUAAUUAGAUGUCAGUGUCUGGUGUGACAUUUCAAAUAGUUUUCAGACAGCAUCAAUUGCUUUCAACAAAAACACAGCGACACAGCAUUUCGAUACUUGGAUGACACCGACAAUUGCUUUACGCACAACAUGGCGGGAGAAAUGAGUGUUGGGUGUUAAAGUGAACAUACUGGAACAUUUGUUACAGUUCUGAAAUAACCUCCAAAGACAGGCUAUUGGAUUCACUUUUUACAUUUUUUUUUUAACCAAACAUUUUUUUCACAAACCAAUUGAAAAUGACAAAACAGGAUGGCAGAUACCAGGUGAAUCUGACAUGAUUAAAAAUGUAAAUAAAUACCAGCUUUCGUGUUCCUUGAGAAAUUUUAGCAAGACAAUGCUAAGCUAAUGUCACUAAUGUAGCUAGGUCGCAACUGAAGCGAUGCGAGUGAACUUCUCUUUCGAUGCACAUUGUUGUGUCAAGCAAAAAGCUCUCCCACUUCUUUAGCCAGCAAUAACCAGAAAUACACCAGGGGUCACCAACAUGGGGCCCAGUGGCAUCAGCUAGCCCGGGUAGAAUUAGCAUGUUCUCCCCAUGCUUGCCUGGAAUCUGUCUGGCCACUCCGGCUGCCUGCCACACAAUUUGAAUGUUAAUUGAAGGCUCUAAACAAUUCUUAAGCAGUAACUAAUUCCGAUGCCCAUUCCCAAUCUCAAUCAGUGUUUCCCAAACUUUCAUGAGCCAUGGCACAUAUUUUACAUUUGAAAAAUCUCACGGUACCCCACUAAACAAAAAUGGCACAAAAAGCGUAUACAGGAUACAGAAAUAAUGAUGAUCUCAUCGCAAUUUAGUCAUAAAAUGUUUGUUUGCCAUUCUGUUGUCUGAAUGGCAACGGGUGGAUCCACAGGUUAAUUAUGUACCUUCUGUCAUCUAUAGAGCAUUUAAUUCUUUUGCGGGUCACUAUACAUCACUGGCAUAGCUGUACAAAGAUACAUUAUUUGUCGUAAAUAUAAUAAUUUUUGGCCCAUUUAAGUGAAACUGGCUAAUUCCCCACAACACACCUAAUGAUCUCUGGCCCAGUGGUUGAGAAUCUCAGGUCUAAAUUAUAGCACCUACAAAAUGUAACGCUUCCAUCAUCAUUUGAGAGCGUUUAUGUCCGCAGAGGUGAAAUCCCAGUCUGUCCAGGUCGCCCAUUUAAUUCAGGCAACUGAGCUGGCCUCAUUGUUGCUCAAUAUCAGCAUCGCCCAAUCAGCGCUCGUUCAUCCUCUCAUUUAUUUCCUGCCCCGCGCUUGCUCAUACCCCUGUCCUUCCUGUCCUCUGUGCCUGAUGAAAAUGCAACUGUGGAGGGGGAUGGAACUCACUUUUUCCAGGACGGGGCAAAGAAAGUGAGGGAAAUGUGUAAGAGGUUAGGGAUUGGGGGGGGGAGUUAAAUGGAUCGACGUGUUAAUUUUAUUAUAUAUUAUUAUAUUAUAUAAUAUUAUUAUAUAGCCCCUGCUGCCCAAGUCGUGACAUUCUUCUUCAACGCACAUCAUGUCAUUGCCCCACCUCCCUCCUCACUCGCAUGUAUUUGCCGUGCUGUCAUUUAACACUGAUCACCUCCGUGUACGAUUGUUCACUUUGUAGGAAAACUGUGCUCUGUAUCUCCAGAUAAACAUGCUGUCAAUUAAAAGGUACUUUUGAUAUGCAGCUCAAAAGCUCUUUGUCGUCAUAGAACUAUAAUGAAGAAGAAAAAAGUGUUCCAGUGUUCUGUACUGUUCUACACACAUUUUGGUGUUCACAGGACACGCGAUCUGUCUGCUUACUCAUUUAUAAGAAUAAAUAUUCUGAAGGAAGCGCA